UUGAAAACAGAAAUGGCGGGUACGGUCGCACUGUAACGUUGAAAAUAAAACGCUAGGCCAGGCGGAGUUUUGUUAUGGCAGGAACUGGUUCAGGACGCGAGAGGAUAAAGUGUUAGUUAUUGGUCCUGCACACCUGGCUGAUUCUAGUGAAAUAAUUAGCCAUGUCCGCAAAUGGAAAAGUCAUCCCGCACACCCCGCUGGCUGUAGACUUUUGGCAUGUACGGAAAUGUCCCGGCAGCCGGCUGUUUUUCCUGACCCACAUGCACAGCGACCACACGGCGGGUCUGACCUCCACCUGGAGCGACCGACCCAUCUACUGCUCCCCCAUCACUGCUGCCCUGCUCAGACUCAAACUGCAGGUGAAAGAACGAUGGAUCCAUCCUCUAGAGCUCUGUGAGCCAUACCUGCUCCCUCUGGACGACAUAGGCAAGGAAAAGCUCACCGUAACACUGAUAGAUGCCAACCACUGUCCAGGAGCAGUCAUGUUUCUCUUUGAGGGCUACUUUGGUGACAUUCUGUACACUGGUGAUUUCAGAUACACUCCUUCAAUGCUGCGUGAGCCAUGUUUAAGGACCAACACUACUAUUGACGUUCUGUUCUUGGACAACACCAACUGUGACCCCAACCGUACUCUGCCAUCCAGACAGAAAGCCACUCAACAAAUCAAAGAGAUCAUCCGUAGCCACCCUGACCACAAUGUUGUUAUAGGCUUGUAUGCUUUGGGCAAGGAAACUCUGCUGGUGGAGCUGGCCAUGGAGUUUAAAACAUGGGUUGAAGUGAGUUUUGAGAGAAUGGAGACCCUCAAAGUUCUGGAGCUUCCUGACGUCUUCACCACUGAGCAAGGAGCUGGCCGUAUCCGAGCUGUGGAGCAGUCUAGGAUCUGCUCUGCGGCGUUGCAUGAGUGGAACAAAGAACAUCCCACAUUGGCUAUCUUACCCACCAGCAGACCACUCAUCUCCUUCCACCCCAAUGUCUAUGUGGUGCCCUAUUCAGACCACUCUUCCUACCAGGAGCUAGAGGAUUUUGUCUCUGCUCUCAAACCUUCCUCUCUUGUGCCCAUUGUUGGAAGUUGUCUACCUGGAGGUCUUUCUGCCUUACUGCCGCACAAGAAACGCCAUGAAAUCAUCGUACCUGAGUCAGUCCAACAGUACAUGUUAAGACAGCCUGAACGACAGCUCAGCUCCUCGGCAUACGCUGGUCUUUGUCGCAGAAACAUCCGGCCUUUUGCUCCCAAAGGAGUAAUAUUUGAUACUCCUGUGAAAGAAUGCAGGAAGUUGUAUGAAGAAGCCUGUGAGGCAGAGAGCAUUGAGCAAGAUGGAUCUGUGGAAGAUAUGGACACAGAAAGCAGCGAAAGGGAUUCUGACUGUAUUCUUGUUGACCCGAGCAUAAAACUCAGCCCUAACAAAGACAGAGAAGGGGACAACGCUCAAAUUGUUUCUGAGGAACUGCUGAUGAUGGAAUCAGUGCAACUCGGUCAAGUCAACGAACAGAACUUUGGUCCAGUGGGGAUUCUGGGAAACUCCAAGACCUGCUUAAAGCCUACCAGGACAAGGCAACAGUUUACAAUUAAGGCCAGAAUAAGUACACAUGGACACGAAGGGCGUGGAGAUGUUAAGAUCAGCCAAACACUGUCAGAUCAGGAUGCCAUGAGUGAGCAUAGUUGGGAGGAUCGCAACAACACUUCGGCUUUAUUUCAAAACAGCCCUGAUAGGGCCUCCCUUGCUUCAUAUAGCAGCUCUGCUGAGUUAUCGCGGGUGAAUGUAGAGAAGCAUGAAAGCAAUCUUUUAAAGUGUCUCCCCUUCUCAAAGGAGGACUUCAUGCCUAGGGGCUUCCUUCCAUAUGGCUUUGUGCGUAAGUUUGCCCUCUCACCUGUAAAGGAUUCAGAAGUAGACGACAUUUGAUUCUAUGUUGAUGCUUUUAGAUUAUUUCAGUGGCCUUUUCAGUUGUUCUCUUCAUAUAUACACUGUAAAGCACUACUAACACUUUGGUUUCUUAUGUUCCCUUGUCAUCAUGGGUGGUUUUUUGAUUUGGGCCAUAUAGAGAGAAGGGGUGCAUGAGCACCAGAUAAUAAAAUAAAUAUAUUUUCUGUCAGUUGUGCCAUGAACAAGCUUUCUAUUUCUUUUAUCCAUGUACAGUCAGUGGUGAAUUCCCCCACCCUGUAUGUUGUUGAGUAGGCAUCCUCUCCAUGCUGCUGAGAGUAAGUAGACUGGCUUACGAGGUUUCUCCAGGUCCGCACUAGAUUUUAUCGUGCCCCUGAAUCUCAGAUAAUUUCCUGCGUUUUGAUUAGUUGGGUGUCAGCAGACGGAGGGGCUCGCCCCCCUGGCUCAAACACAUUUAUCAUUCACUUUUUGCUCUUGCCUUGGAAGAAGUUGCUGAAAUACUUUUUUUUUAAGUGUGAUUUAAAGCUGCUGUGUGUUUUGAAUAGAAAAAAGAAGCUACCUCUGAAAAUGUUUAUGAACCAUGAACACCUUUGUUGCUCUUAACAAUAAUCUACAGUAAGUAUCUCAGCUGGCAAGUUGUGAUGAUAUUGGCCUUGAUAACUAAAGUGAGUUAAUUCUAAGACAACACUUUAUAUUUAAUUUCACCCUAUAAAGGUAAGCUUAUGUAAAGAAAAAAUAAUGUUUUUGCCAUAUGUUAGUUCAACCUUGUAUUGUAAACUUACUGUCUCAGUGUAAGCAUUUUGAGUUUAGUGUGGAUGUUUCACAAUUUGUGUCUGGAGGACCUUUAUAUAAACAUGAUUAGUAGAAUAAGAAAAGAAGUGAUAUUUUUUUGUUUUUGUUCUGAUUAUUUUUUAUUAGGGGAGGUUCCUGCACUUUUAAUUAAUGCUGAGGAAACAAUGAUUGUUUCCUGUAAUUAGCAUUUCUCUAAGCGGUUUUGAAAGUGCUAACAGUGCCAGAAGGAGCUUAUAACAGAUUUUUUCAGUCAGAUGCAUGUGAGUUGAUCAUUAUUUUGUUGUUUCUGAGAAGUCUUCCUGCUUUUGAAAUGUCUAUAUCUAGACUAGAUAAGUUUGUAAAGAUUAUUUCCACAAGGUGGUAUAAUUAUUUUCAAAUAAUCAAGGAUGAUUGAUGGUGAGUAACUGUGGCUACGUGUUUUUAUUUUUUUAUUUUUUGGUGAAACUUGCACAAAUGUAAGUACACAAAAUAUGUAGUAAAUACUGAGUUUUUUUCAACCUGCAUCUUGUUUUUUAUUUGGUUUUUAUUUGCGAUACAAUUGCAUUCUUCAUGUCACUAAAAUAUUGACCUGAUGACCUCA